AUGAAGGCCUUCUGGCAAGUCAUUGCCACGCCGACCGCGGACACGCCCGGCACCGCGAUCUACCUCCAUUAUCCCGAUAAGCGAUAUAUCUUUGGCCAAGUGUCCGAGGGUUUCCAGCGUGCUUGUACCGAGCGCGGUGCGAAGCUUGUCAACUUAAAUGAUGUCUUUAUCACUGGGCGCACGGAGUGGGCCAACACCGGUGGUCUCAUUGGUCUCAUUCUGACCCUGGCAGAUGCUAUAGCAUCCGGAAAUGCGGCCAUCGAGGAACAGAAUCGCAAAAAGGCUGCUCGCAAGGCCGCCCUUCAGGAUACCCCCGAAGAGAAAAGACCCGCUGUUGCUCAUACCCAGAACCCCAACAGGGGCCAAUUGACGAUCCAUGGCACAACGAACCUGACUCACACCCUCGCUACUGCUCGACGAUUCGUUUUCAGGAAAGGAACCCCGGUCUUCACGCAAGAAUAUGAUUUCGAAGGCAUCGCCGGCCAAACCCGUGGUGAUGCGGAGGAUCCCUUUGAGAAACCUACUUGGACCGACCACAACAUCAAAGUCUGGGCGUUACCUAUCAGACCUCAGGCUUCAUCCCCCACUACUUUCAGCCCACCUACACAGCUCCGACCGCAGAGUCCACGAAAGCGCAGCCUGGAUGAAUUCAGAGAAUCCGAUGAACCUAAAACUGAGCUAGACCAGAAAGCGCAGACUCAGUUGAUGCGCCAGGCUAUUGUCUCAGACAUGUUUAACUCAACCUGGAAAAUGGAUACCCUGAUUGAGACCCCGCUGGCUGAAGUGAACAUGCCUGCUGCAAUGUUUGUGCGCAACCCGGAAACAAAGGACAUGGAGCCCUACAAUGGUCCUAAACCAGGUGAAGGCAAGCCAUUGCCCGAUAUCAAGGUAUUUGUUCGGCAACCUUGGCCAGGCGCGAAGAUAGAAAGUUUGCCCCCCACAUCUCCUUCACAGGAUGCGCUCAGCUAUAUUGUUCGUAGCCAUGAUAAUCGUGGAAAGUUCGAUCCUAAAAUGGCCAAGCAAUUGAAAGUUAAGGCGGGUCCUGAUUAUGCUAAGUUGGCGAGGGGAGAGAGUGUUCAGUCAGAGGACGGCAAGACAAUCACCUCCGAUAUGGUUUUGGGUGAAACUCGCCCUGGAUCUGGAGUUGCCAUUAUGGAUGUGCCCUCAGUCGAGUAUGUAGAGUCAUUGGUGCAACGGCCAGAGUGGAAAUCCCCUGCUGUGACCACCGGACUCAAAGCAUUCGUCUGGAUUUUGGGUCCCGGAGUGGGUGAUCACCCCAAGCUUCGAGAAUUCGUGGCGCAGAUGUCUCAUUGCGAGCACACAGUCUCAGGCACAGACUACUCUCCGAACUACUUGGCGCUUCCAAGUGUUGCUCAAGCCGCUGUUCGCCUGGCUCGACUCAAGGGUGACAGCUACUCUAUCCCUGUUCACGAUAAUGUGACCAUUCCCCAGAACCGAGCUACUCUUCCCCGCUCUACUUCUCGAUCUACCAGGUCCCAGAGCGCUCCUCCAUUUAAGCCUCUUGAUCCGGGAUUUAUCAUUGAUCUGGAGCCAACCUAUAAACUCAACACAGAUGAGGUGGUUCCCCGCCUGAACACUGCCAAGACUGUCUUCAGGAUUCCCAAGUCUGUCGAGCAACGAAUGAAUCACAUUCGCCGACGUACUACCAAAAAGGAGUUCAAGGAGGAGUUAGAAGCGUUCCGACAGGAACUGCCUGGAGGAGAUGCUGAAAUCACUGCUCUCGGUACAGGAUCAUCAGCCCCAUCAAAGUACCGUAAUGUUUCCGCAACCUUGGUCUAUGUUCCAGGAUCCGGUUAUUACCUCCUUGACUGUGGUGAAAAUACCCUUGGUCAGUUAGAGCGCGUGUUUGAGCCAGAGAAAGUACGUGACAUUUUGCAAAAUCUCCGUAUGAUCUGGAUUAGCCAUCUACACGCUGAUCACCACUUGGGCACGGCUUCACUCAUCAAAGCCUGGUACCGUGAGAAUUACGGGGCCGAUGCUAAACCGUCCACUACUCCUGAAACAGAUCUGUCCAAGAUCCUUAAGGAGAAGCGUCUUUUCUUGGUAUCUGACGAAAUGAUGGUCAGUUGGAUCGAAGAGUAUGCUUCCGUUGAGAAUUUUGGUUUCGAUAAGCUUGUCUGUCUCUGCGCUUUCCCAGAACCGACUGAGAUCUCUGUUGCUACCAAGUUUGGCUACAGGCAUCGACACAAUGGCGGGCUUCCGUUCGGUCCGAAAAUGGGUAAAACUAUUCUCGAUUUUAACGAUGACUCGUCGCCACUCACACCGCUGCUUAAAUCUGCCACUGGUCUCAAAGAUAUUCUCACCACCUACGUAAGACACUGCCGCGGCGCUCUUGCCGCGUCUUUCGUCUUCCCAGAUGGUUUCAAGGUCUCCUACUCGGGUGACUGCAGACCGUCAGACAAAUUCGCAUCCAUCGGUCAAGAUUCCACCGUGCUCAUUCACGAGGCUACCUUCGAAGAUGAUAUGGUUGGGUCCGCCCUUGCGAAGCGUCAUUCCACUAUGGGCGAGGCAUUAGAAGUUGGACGUCGUAUGGGAGCUCAGUCUAUUCUCCUCACGCACUUCAGUCAGCGAUACGCCAAAUCCGCAAAUCUAAGCAACCAGGCUGAAUCCCGUGCGCGCAGCCUCUCGUCGUCUAAGAAGGAUAAUCCCACUCCAAGAGCAGAGGAGGAUGCAGAUAUUCCCUUCGAUGAUCAAGAUGAGCCCGUUGCUGCUGAUUCUGGUGCUAAGCUCUUAGAUGACAUCCGAUUUCCAUCCAGGGACCGUCCUGCUCUACCCCGGAGAGCUAUCAAAUCUGGUCGCUCUCACCCCGCUGUUGCGGCUUGCAUGGAUUAUCUCCGCAUCAAGGUUCGGGAUAUCCCCAUUGCACAGGCGUAUGCUCCGGCUCUGGAGAAGCUCAUGACUGUCAUGGAGCGCGAUGCUGAGUUGAUUGCUGCGCAGGCGAAGAGAAUUGCACUAGAGGAGGAGGAGGCCCGCAAGGCUGCGAAGACUAAGAAGUUUUCGGGCAAGAAAUCUCAGGCCGCGGCUGCGGCUGUUGCCACCGUUGCUGCUGUAGCAGUUGUGGAGACACCGGAGGAGAAAAAAGAGGAGAAAGAAGAUCGCAAGCAUUCGCCUUACAGUGCUAGCGAGAGUGAGAGUGGAUGGGAAAUGAGUGAUGAAGAAUAA